CUUUUCUUCAUUCAAAAACCACAUAUUGAUUUGAAGGACUAUUGAUAAUGUCAGUGGAGUCUAAGCAGAAUAAGUUCUUCCAUGGAACCCUUGAAGCUACCAUCUUCCACGCAACUCCGUAUGUACCAGUGUUUCCCUUCAAUUGUGCAUGUUUAGGUGAGAAGGCUACCUAUAUAACAAUCAAAAUAAACGAGAAAAAAGUAGCAGAGACGAAACAAGUUAGCGACCGAACAUGGAAUCAGACCUUCCAAAUCCUGUGUGCUCAUCCUGCAGAUUCAACAAUUACUAUAACAAUGAAGACCCAGUGCGGGUCAACUUUGGGAAAGAUUCAUAUUUCUACACUUAAAAUGCUAGAGGACUCAACCUUAAUUGAGGGUAACUUUCCUACCUUAUCGGAGAAAGGAAAACCAAACCCUGAGCUAAGGGUUCAGUUCAUGCUAUGGUUUAAACAUGCAAAUCAUGAACCAACUUGGGAUAAAGUACUGAAUCAUGACAAGUUCGAGGGACUUAAAAAUGCUAGUUUUCCUCAAAGAUCUAACUGCAACGUUAUACUGUAUCAAGAUGUUCACCAUCACCCUACUUUCCAACCACCAGUAGAUUUUCACGGAGAAGGCCCGAGAAAGCUGUGGGUGGAUGUUUUUAAGGCCAUUAAUGGUGCUAAGCAUUUGAUUUAUAUAGCAGGAUGGUCUUUCAAUCCUAAAAUGGUGCUGGUUCGAGACCAUGAAGCUGAUAUCCCACAAGCAAGAGGAGUAAAGAUGGGGGAACUGUUAAAACAAAAGGCAGAUGAAGGAGUUGCUGUGAGAAUCAUGCUUUGGAAUGAUGAAACAUCGUUACCAUUUAUCAAGAACAAAGGAGUGAUGGGUACCCAUGAUGAAGAUGCUUUUGAUUACUUCAAACAAUCUAAGGUUAUAUGCAGAUUGUGCCCCAGAUUACACAAUGAUUUCCCUACAUUCUUUGCUCACCAUCAGAAGACCAUAACCGUGGACACACAAGCAAAUUUUCUAUCAGCCAAAUUCGGUAACAAGUACAUUAAUAGUAAUAGUAGAGAACUUACGAGUUUCAUUGGUGGCGUGGAUCUCUGUGAUGGACGCUAUGACACAGAAGACCAUUCGUUGUUUCGAACACUUAACAAUGAAUCACAUGUUCUGGAUUUCUACCAAACCAGCAUAGCUGGUGCCUGCCUCCAAAAAGGUGGACCCAGAGAACCCUGGCAUGAUGCUCAUGCUUGCCUCACUGGUGAAGCAGCUUGGGAUGUGUUGAGCAAUUUUGAGCAACGCUGGACCAAACAAUGCAAUCCUGCUCUUCUUAUUCACACAAACAACAUUCCAAAUUUAUUACGUAGUUCUCAACCUCAGCAAGUGGAAAAUCAACUAGCGAAUUGGAAAGUUCAAGUCUUCAGGUCAAUUGAUAGGGUUUCAGUGUCUUUGCCAGACAACAUCGCAGUAGAAUGCAGCAUACAUGAAGCAUAUGUAGAAGCAAUCAGGCGUGCAGAGAGGUUUAUUUACAUCGAGAACCAAUAUUUUAUAGGAGGUUGCCACAUGUGGGAGAAGGAUAGGAAUUGUGGCUGCAAUAACUUGAUCCCUGUAGAAAUUGCUCUGAAGGUGGUAAAGAAGAUUAAAGCAAAAGAAAGAUUUGCUGUAUAUAUAGUGAUACCUAUGCGGCCAGAAGGAUUACCAAAUAGCGAACCUGUUCAGGAGAUGCUUUAUUGGACAAGACAAACGAUGAGCAUGAUGUAUAAAUUGAUAGGAGAGGCAAUCCAAGAGAGCGGUGAACUAUUGCAGCCAAGGGAUUACCUGAAUUUUUUCUGCCUUGCCAACAGAGAGAAGAAGGAAGGAGAGGAGUUUGUACCUCCCCAUUCUCCUCAACCAGAUACGCCAUACUGGAGCGCCCAGAUGCAUAGGAGGUUCAUGGUUUAUGUUCAUUCCAAGAUUAUGAUUGUUGAUGACACGUAUAUCUUGAUUGGGUCUGCAAACAUCAACCAAAGAUCAAUGGAUGGAAGACGAGACACGGAGAUUGCAAUAGGAUGCUACCAACCAAAAUACGUAGGAAACAAACAGUGUAACGGGGAUGUUCAUGCUUACCGAAUGUCACUCUGGUACGAGCAUACCAAUCGUGUUGAGCACUGCUUCACUGAGCCCCACGGUUUGGACUGUGUGAGGACGGUACGAGCAAUAGGAGACAAGAUGUGGAGUGUUUACAGUGCAGAAGAGGUAGCAGACAUGGAAGGUAUCCAUUUGGUGACUUAUCCGAUAAAUAUAUUGAAGGAUGGUUCAAUUGAAGAUACUACUGAAGAUGGAGGCAACUUCCCUGACACCACAACCCCCAUUAAAGGGAAGAGAUCAAUCGUUCUACCAGCAGUUUGCACCACAUAAUAUUAUUAGAGUAUACGUAGUAAGAAGGAUUUACCAACAUUCAUACCACGUAAUUCAGCAACUCUUAGGUCAACAUUCUUUUGAAGAUAAAAACAAAUAAGAUGCUCAUAUAAGUAUCUGCCAGGAGCUAGUUAUUCUGCCAUCUGUAUAUAUUAAGUAUUUGCAGGGAGCUAACUGUUCUGCCAUUUGUACAUUCUUAAUUACCAUGAGUUAGAGACAAUAAAGAUUAAUAGCAAUUCAUGAAAA